UUGUGGACAAACCCGAAGGCUGGACGCGGCCCGAGUUUCGGACGCCGGGCACCUGUUUGUCCGAGUCAGUAUGCUACGAGUGACAACCUCAGCCUUCCAGGACUCCUCUUACUAAACGCUCAACACCCGCAGUGGCACAAUAGUCAGGGCGUGCUUUGCCCAGGUGACAAGUAUUUGAUAUAUUCACCUGCUGUGAGUGAUGGAGAAAUGUAGGUGAGAGGAAGGAAAGAGGUGAGAGGCUGGCGGCGCGGGCAGGGAGUGAGCAGCAGACAGCCGCCAGCCAGUCAGUGCGAAGCCUUGGUGGCGGGAGGUUGACCCUCACUGUGACUCGCCGCGGCCAAGGAAACACGUGAUGUAUGGUGUUUAGUGCAGUGACGGUGGUGAAUGGUGAACAAAACUAAGACACAAGCUUCUGCAGCUCAACGGUGCUUCAUUGUGGAAGUAAAACCUUGUAAAAAAAAAAAAAAAAUUGACGGAAACAGACCCACGCUGGCCAAAGAUUCACCAAGGCUGUGAGGUGAUGUGCCCCGCGCCGCGAGUGUCAGCCACUGGUGGCCGUGUGUGUCAAUGACGCCCACGCCCACGCAACACGCCCCCAUGAAUGCCCUGACGCCCCCGCGGCCUGUGCCCGCUGGGGAGCCGCGGGGCAUGGCCAGGUCCCUGCCGAGGGACUACGGGGCCUCGUUGCGGGAUCUGGCCUCCGCUGCCCCCCGCAGCCCCCGCGGCGCCCGGGCCCUUGGGGUGCGGCGGGACCACCUGGGGGGCUCCUGGGAUCAGCUGGACACCCCUCGGGCCCCGCAGCCCCACCUGAGGGCGUCCUGGGACCACCUCGGGCCUACCUGGGGUGACACCCCGAGUGGCGAGGCACCCCGCGGAGUGGACGCGCUGCUCACCCACACUCUGCGGCCCUCCCGCCACGAGGCAGGCACUCCCGCCCGCUCCGCCCCCUCCAGGGACGUGGUGGACGAGGGCGUGGGCGAGGUGGUAUCGCCGCGGGACUCUGUGGCGGGCGCCAAGGGCCUGCUCAACGCGCCGGGCCAGAACAACUGCUUCCUCAACAGCGCCGUGCAGGUUUUGUGGCACCUGGACAUCUUCAGACGCAGCUUCCGGGAAUUGAGUGGACACGCUUGUAUGUCCGACGCCUGUAUCUUCUGUGCCCUAAAGGAGUUGUUCUCGCAGCUGCAGUACAGCCAUGAGUCUGCCUUGCCGCCCGACGCCCUUCGCCGCGCCUUGGCUCAGACUUUCUACAAUCAGCAACGCUUUCAGCUGGGAUUCAUGGACGAUGCUGCCGAAUGCUUCGAAAAUAUCUUAUUGCGGAUCCACUUCCACGUGGCGAGCGGCGAGGCUGAGGAUAUGUGCAGCGCGCGGCACUGCAUUCCCCACCAGCGUUUCGCCAUGACAUUGGUGGAGCAGAGCGUGUGCGGGGAAUGCGGCGCCACGUCCGAGCCGCUGCCCUUCACCCAGAUGGUGCACUAUGUGUCCGCCUCGGCCCUCACCGCACAGGCCAGGCAGAUGGGCGAUGCCAGCGGCAGUGGCCCGCAGUCCCAGCCUCCAGACAUGUUCGGACAGCUGCUGAAGAAGGCAGGAGGCAUGGGCGACAUCCGCGACUGUCCGAGUGCGUGCGGAGCCAAGAUUCAGAUUUGCCGCACACUGAUGAACCGGCCGGAGAUUGUGUCCAUUGGUGUGGUGUGGGACUCCGAGCGGCCCACACUGGAACACAUCAUGGCGGUGUUUGCCACUGUGGGCACCACACUGCGCCUGCGGGACGUCUUCCAGAGUGUGGUGGACGACCGCUGGGCACAGCACACUCACCACCAGUUAGUUGGCGUGGUCACUUACUACGGCAAGCAUUACUCAACCUUCUUCUACCACACUAAGCUGCGUGUGUGGAUAUACUUCGACGAUGCCACUGUCAGAGAGAUUGGACCCCAUUGGGAACAAGUUGUUGACAAGUGCCGGCGUGGUCACUUCCAGCCCUUGCUGCUGUUAUAUGCCAAUCCCAGUGGCACGCCGGUACCCAUAGACAGUGCUCCCAGGACAGUGACGCUGGUGCCUGGUCACCGCCCCCACAGCCGCCCCAUGCAGGCCCCCAUGAAGGCCAUGACAUCAGCUGGGGAAGCAUACCCUCAGGGCGCAACCCGCCGUGCUGUCACCCCCAACCCAGAGAAAUGUGGAGACGUGAUGGGCCCAGCGCCCCGUCGUGCUGUCACCCCAAGCCCAGAGGUUGCAGCACAGCUGGAGUCACACCGAGACUACCAGAACAUUCAUGCACUCAAUGCACACGUCUACCAGGACGGGCCUAACGAAGGCCAUGGCGACGAUGUCUUCGAGCCGGGCACCUCCAGCUACCGGAGGCAGCUGGAGAGCAUCAAGCAGAGUGGUGCUGUGCUACCCAAUAAGCCCACCAUCCCUGGUCGACCAAGGCUUGACUCAGACGACUCAGUGUAUGUUGGAAGGCGGGGUGAUGCACAGCGGCAGGAGCGCCAGCGCUCCAUCAGCUGCAAUGGAUACAACCAGCAUGGCAAUCGUAACAGCAAUUCCUCGCUGGACCAGUUUGACAAGGAUGGCCUUAAGAUGCCAGAGGGCACUAAUGUGCCUCGCCGCCGAGACUCGGGCAACUGGAGUGGCGAUCGUAACAGUGCAUCAUCUUCAUCCUCGACAUCAUUAGAGCAUCCUUACCUGUUCAUGGUGGGGAAGACAGGACGGCAGCCUCCCUCACCGACCGGGAAGGCACCACCAAGCCCCUCUCGCACUGACCAUCCUGAGUAUGCCAACCUUGGGGUGGGUGUGACCCAGCAACAUAGUCAUGGACACCAUGCCCCUGGCCACCCCUCCCCUGCACCUCCUGCUGGCCAGUAUGACCCUGGCUAUGAUUCCUACUCGCUUUCCUCCAAUGACUCCUACCCCAUCCAGCAGAACCUGAAGCAUAAUUUGCAGCAGCUUCAGCAGAUUCCUGAGGGAGUGCAAGCAAGUGACAGCCCUGGAACAUACACAGGAGGAAGUCAGCAGGAUAGCAGCAGUGUCAGUACACUGACUGAGAGUGAGUCAUGCAGUAACUGUGAGACUCUUUGUCUUGCUGCUGACUCUCUCUUGGAGGAAGCUCGGGCACGUGAAGAGUCAGGAGACCUUUCGGGUGCCUUGGACCUAUGCAGUGCUGCUGCUGCUAAGACUCGAGCAGCCAUGGAUGCGCCCUAUAACAAUGCUCACUCUCUCACCUUUGCCCGCAUGAAGCACAACACUUGUGUGAUGCGAGCACGCUCUCUGCACCGACGAAUCCUCAUCCAGGAAGAGACAGCAGCUUGGGAGGGACAGUAUAAAAUAGACGCCCCCCACCACAGCCGGCAGGGCUCAAGGGACUCUCAGAGGUCACGUACCAGCCGCCAGGGAUCAAGGGAAGGUUCAGUCCACCAUAGCCGCCAGGGGUCAAGAGAUGCCUCCAGUGGAUCACAGGCAAGGUCUCAAGAGCAGCUAGACACAGCAGUGACCUUGGCCCAGACUGCUGAAAAACUUCAGAAUACAAACAUUGAGAUCUAUGCAACUCUGCCCAAGAAGAAGGGAAAGAAGACAUCUGGUGAGAAAUCAUCAAGGAGGGAGGAGACUGAGCUGCAACUGGAGAAGACCAAGGAGAGAAAGAUAUCUGAAAAGAGCAAGGAAAAGUCCAACAAAGAGAGAAAAGGUGGAAAAGUGCGACCUGUUGACAGCGACUACGGCAGUGACCACAGCUCCAAGAGCCACUCCUCAUCCAAGGGCUCCUCCAAAGGUACAGAGAAGGAGGAUGUUAAUGCCAUUGUGGAGGUGAAGGAGGAAAAGUCGAUCGGGAAGAAGCAGCACAAGAUCCGCCGCAAGUUGCUCAUGGGUGGAUUGAUCCGCCGGAAGAAUCGCAGCAUGCCAGACCUGCGUGAAGGACAAGAUGCAGAGGACCCCAAGGCAGCCACUGAUGACCUGCAGGUGCGUAGUCUGUCCCGGCCCACUACGCCCUCUGGAGAAAAGACCAUGGCCGGCUACCUAAGUGAGGGCCAUUUGGAGUACGGCAACCCUAACCUUGAACGGAGCAAACUCAUGAGGAAAAGCUUCCAUGGCAGUGUUGGGAAAGGUCUUUCUCCUGCCAAGGUGCCCCCACCCAUUCCACAACGCAUCAGCUCACAACUCUCUCAGAAGAGUGACAAGGGCAGCCACAAGGAGGAGAAGAAGAGAGAGAAGCGUCCACCUUAUCCACUGCCUCCUUCAGACCACCAGUCAGAGGAACCUCCAGCAUUGCCUCCACGCUGCUACACUCCCGAGAUGAUCAACAACAGCAAUGCUGUGCAUAAGGGUGAACCACAGUCACUCCCAUUCCUUCAAACAGCCCAGCAUGACAACUUCCAGCCCUGCUCCCUGUCUUUCCCUGCAGCCCAGCCUUCACCCAGCACACCCACUCAAAUCACCAUCUGUGCUGACAUACACCAAGAGCCAUCAGGCCAUCCAGAAUCUCUUCACCACCUCCAGGAACAGAAAAUGCAUCAAGAAGCACCUACCUCUGUCAAAAUGCAUGAUCACCAAAUUCACCAAGAUCAGCAACAGCAGGCAUUCCUUCAAAAUCAUUUGCCCAAAGCUCAAGUUGGUUCAAAUUCUGACUGGCCAAAUGUUUCACACUCUAGACAGAGCAGUGAGGACUUCCCUCCUCCUCCUCCCCCCUUGGAAGAGGCUGUGGAGGACCUAAAAACUAGAGGGCUACUCCCCCAGCCCUGCCCACCAUCCAGAGCCACCCCAGAGAUCUCUGCUACCUCUCAGCCCUCAAGUCUGCUGGCACAGCUGCAGCAGAAGCGGCAGCAAAUAAUUGAGAGCAAAGAGGGAAGUGGCUCAAAUAUUGAUGACAGAGUCCGGUCUUCACCUGCAAAGAGUAGCGAUGACUGGCUGCAGGAGCUGCAAGCCAAACAAGCUGCCAUGAAGCGGAAGAUGCAGCAACAGUCUGGUGUGCAAGUAGAUGAUCCCACCACCACCAUCACUGCUGCUGCCACUACUUCCACCACUACCACCACCACUGCCAACACCUACAACAACAACACUCAUUCUUCCAAUAAGAAUAACACCACUACUACAAGCAGCUGCAGCAAUAGUGGGACGACCUCUGUGCGUAAUCUUGCCUCAAAGUUUGAGAAUGUGAGUAUUGCACAAGGUAGAAGUGAUGCUGGAACAGACUGUGUAGACAGCAGUGCCACUCCAACAGCCUCACUCCCAACACCAGCCCCAGCACCUGUUGCUCCACAGCAGCAUCUCUACCUACAGCAACAGCAACCACAACACCAACAGUUACAACAGCAGCAGCAGCAGCAGCAACAACAGUUACAACAACAGCAACAGCAACAACAACAGUUACAGCAACAGCAGCAGCAGCAUCAGCAGCUACAGCAGCAACAUCAUCAAAUACAACAUCAACAUCAGUUACAGCAGCAGCAACACCAUCAGUUACAGCAACAACAACACCAACAGCUACAACAACAACAAGUGCAGCAGCAUCAGCAAUUACAUCAGCAUCACCAUCAUCAGUUACAGCAGCAGCAUCAGUUACAACAGCAACAGCAACAGUACCAUCAACAGCAGCAACAUCAGCAGCAGCAAGUCAGACAUGAUAUAAGUGAGCGGCAGCGAGCAGUGAGUCAACUCUUCACAAGAGAAUACACGCAGUGCAAUUCCCUGCAGUUGCCUUCCCACAGUGGGCACGAGAGUCGCCUCAGCUCCUCCUACCGCACCCGCUCUGAAACCAGCGAAGGUGGCCCUGGGGUGUGCUGCAGGGACAGCCAAACAAGUGACAGUGUCAGAGAUGAUUCAGAGCUUAAUACUAGCACUGAUACCAACUCGAGUGAUAUUGCCAAGAAGAAGAAAUCCAAGAAGAGUGUAACCUUCUGUGAUCAGGUGGUAUUGGUAGCCACAGCUGAGGAUGAAGAAGAAGAUGCUUACAUUCCAAAUCCCAUUCUUGAACGUGUCCUUAAGUCAGCUCUCACCUCUUCAUCCUCCUCUUCCUCCUGUUCUGCCUCAUCGUCCUCCAUGUCAGACACAGACACUUCCUCCUGUGGGGAGCCAUCAACCAGCAAACUGAAUGGUGCUGCAACCCAAGCCAAAGGAAAUGUGUCCACACCGCAGCCCAGCCCACACUAUCCACAGCAACAGCAGCAGCCAGCACAACAACAGCAGCUGCAACAGCAACAGCAGCAGCAGCAGCAGCAGCAGCCACAGCAGCAGCAUUCUUACUUGCAGCCCCACCCAUCCUCCCAACCUCCAGCAUCCCAAGGGUAUCCCAAUCACAAUCCUGCACAUCACUCACAUCCACCUGCAUCCUAUCCCUCACAGUCCACAAGCCAUCAGCAACACCCAUCCUCCAUCUACCCCAGCACACCCCAGGUUCCAGCACACCUUAACUCCUCCCUUGGCACCCAGCCUCAUGCAGGCCCAGGUCCUUCUCACCCACAAAAUAGCCAGGGGUCCAAUUCCCAGAUGAGGAUGCCACCUCCCUAUCAGCCUCCUCCCAGUGUGGCCAAGCCCUUAGGGCCCCACGCUUCACACACUCGCACUCUAGCCAAUGGACUUCACUCAUCCCAGAUGCCGCACCUGCUGACUAGCCAGCAUCCAGCCAGGCCAGCUCAGCAGCAGCCUCAGCAUGUACGGCACAUUCCACAGCAACAGCAGCAGCCACCACAGCAGCAGCAGCAGAGGCAAGCUGUUGCACCCUACCCAGGAAUGAUGACAAGACAGAACAGCAGCCUAGGAGUUCAGCCUCAUGAUGUGGAGCGAACUUAUCCUCCAUACCAACGUCUGCCUCACCCCAGCCAACUGCCGGCCCAGCCCCAGAUGGUAGCCAUGCACCCGCCUGCCCGUGGUGGUCCUGCAACUCAUCUUCAUACUGCACCUUCUGCCCAGACCAAUGGCUAUCCACCGUACUCCCCAGCAGCUCCAUUUACUCGUCACCAACCGUCUCAGCAGCCUCAGUCAAGCCACGGCCACCCACAGCAGCAGCAGCAGCAGCAGCAACAGCAACAGCAACAACAAUCACAGCAGCAGCAGCAGCCACAACAGCAGCAGCAACAUGGCUCAGGAUAUGGUAGUGUGGGUCGGGGAGGUGUCAAGGGUGCUCCAAGUCACUUUUGUGGUCCACUUGAUCCAUCAGCCAUCUACUCCACUGUUAACAAGUCAUCAAAAAAGCCAACAGCUGCCCCCUCUGCAUCUGGGCCUGGCCUUCAGCCCUGCAACCUGUGUAGGAAAAAGUGUGUGAAUCCACCUUCAACUUACUGCAAUGAUUGCGACUUCUACAUGUCCAGGUUUAAGCCCAAAGCAUAGGCGAAGGGACGAGUCACGUCUUAAGCCAAUUCUGUCGUAAAUGGUGACAUGUCAUAAACUCAUCACGUCGUAAAUGGCAACCAGUGUGGUGAGAGUGCUCCGGUGUGUGUGCUGAUGCCUCUGCCUCAUGAAAAAGACAUGACAAGUGCUGUAGAGACAUACUUUUAGUCACACAGCAGUGCCAUGGGCAUUACCUUUCUUUGUGGUGUCAGUGAGUUCAUGACUUCUUUGAAAUGUACCUGCAGCUUGCUCACCUGGCACCACACCUGCACUGCUUGUGACCUACCUGUACCUGUGCUGUGAACCCCCUCUGUGCUGUGACCCACCCCUCCCCUCACCACUUGUGCUGUGUCACUGUCUCCAAGGUGAUGCUGCCUGAUGGAUCUCAUAUGUACUAUAGUUAAACAAAACU